AGAGAAAAAAAAUUAAAUUAAUUAGGGGAAAAAUGAAAAUGAAAAUCGGAAUCGCAAUCCGAAAUAGCCAACAAAUUUCUUGCAAUUGAAGGCAUCUCUUUGGUUUCUUCUCCAUCAGACACAAGAAAAAAGAAAAUCAAAAUCCCAUCGCCCAAACUUGUCUCUCUCGCUGCUCUUCACAAGAAACCCUAAGUAACAAGUAUGGGUCGUGAAUCUGUGGUUGCUGUUGUUUCUUCUACUCCGGCGACUGCGCCGAGUACUGUCGUGGCGGCGACGGCGCUUGCUCCUGGCUUCCGAUUUCACCCGACUGACGAGGAGCUCGUGAGCUAUUACUUGAAGAGAAAGGUUCUGGGGAAACCUGUGCGCUUCGAUGCGAUUGGAGAGGUUGAUAUCUACAAGCACGAGCCCUGGGACUUAGCAGUGUUUUCGAGGUUGAGGACAAGGGACCAGGAAUGGUACUUCUACAGCGCGUUAGACAAGAAGUACGGCAACGGCGCUAGGAUGAACCGAGCCACUAACAAAGGCUACUGGAAAGCCACCGGUAAAGACAGAGAGAUCCGCCGUGACGUUCAGAUCCUCGGUAUGAAAAAGACUCUCGUUUUCCACAGUGGGCGUGCCCCAGACGGGCUCAGGACCAAUUGGGUCAUGCACGAGUAUCGCCUCGUGGAUUAUGAAAUUGAAAGCAAUGGGAACCUCGUGCAAGAUGCAUAUGUGUUGUGUAGAAUCUUUCACAAGAAUAACAUUGGGCCUCCAAGUGGGAACCGAUACGCACCGUUCAUGGAAGAGGAGUGGGCUGAUGAUGGUGUAGCUCUGAUUCCAGGAGUAGACGUUAGGGUCAGGGCAGAGCCAAUACCAUUAGCUAAUGGAAACAGCCAGGAGAUGCAGUCAGCGAGCAAGGAGAUCAUUAACAUCAACGAGCCACCAAGAGAGACUACUACUACUCCAAUGGAUAUCGAAGUCAACCAUAAGGAUAACAACAAUAACCAUUGUGAUGAUGAAGAUGAGGAUGAGGAAGCACUCAAACGUGAGGAGGCAGAUGAAGAAGAUGAGCAUCCUCCUCCUCCUCCUCCUUCUCUAUGCAUUCUCAACAAAGAAGCUCCGUUGCCUCUCCUCCAAUACAAACGCAGACGCCAAAACGAAUCAACCAGGACCACCACACAGGACCACUCUUCGUCCACAAUAACAACCGUCGACAACACACCAACAACUGCCACCAACACAGCCAUCUCUGCGUUGCUCGAGUUCUCACUCAUGGGCCUCUCUGACAAGAAAGACAGCCAGCCGCAGCCUCUUACUCCACUUCCAUCUCCCGAAGAGAGGCUGAAUGAUCUCCAGAAGGAGAUUCACCAGAUGUCCGUUGAGAGAGAGACAUUCAAGCUUGAGAUGAUGAGUGCGGAGGCUAUGAUCAGUAUUCUCCAGUCCAGGAUCGAUGCCCUGCGUCAGGAGAACGAUGAGCUGAAGAAGAACAGCGCUAAUGGACACUAAAUGCUCUAAAACUCCAUCUCUCCAGGCUUCUUCUUCUUCUCUGCUUUAGUAGCUGUGAUCUCCCCUAAAGUACUUUGACCUAUAUCUAUUAGCUUCUUCAGACGGAUUGAGAACCGUGUAAAAUUAGGAUAAACCGGACCGGUUUGGGUGUUUUUUUCUGAUGGUUCUACAUCUUUUGAGAACAUUCUCAGGUUACUCCAUUGUGAUAUAUUAUCAUCUAAGUCUAUUCAGUUAAAAACUCUCUUUAA